AUGCAUCCUCUUCACAAUGUCGUGUCACCAAAAACAUAUACUACAACUAAACAUGACAACCAACACGAACUUCUAUCUCAUGCUACUGUCAUUGACAUGAGACUAUAUUGGCUCUUGACAAGAACUAUCAAGGUUUACAAAUACAACUUCAAAGUAGUCAUACUGGGUGUCAUGUCCAACAUUCCUGAUAUCCUCUUGAUUUUCCCACUUGUAUCUGAUGUUUUUAAUAGAACAGGUAUCUUCAAGCAAGCUACACAUCACUGGGUUUUUUGA